AUGGCUCACGGAGACUCCGGGGCCCAACGCUCUGGCCAGACAGCUUCCAAUCCUCCUUUCAAUGCACCGACCUUCUAUCCGCAGCCUCGCGGAUUCCAAGGUUCGGACGGUGGACACCAACCCGAGGCUGCUUCGAAUAUAGAUUCCAACGCGAAUUCUUGGGUCCCAUCGGCCCAACAGGCUCUUCACAAUGCCCUUCAGGCCAGCGGAUACGCUGGUACCCAGCCUGGCAUGAACAUGGCAACGGUCCAUCCUGCACAGUACUCUGGCUUUUCUGGACCUCCCACAGCACCGCCAAACAGCCCUUCGGACGGUGCUUCUCAUGCAAUGUACUCAGUCAUGUCAUACGCCCCUAGCGCUGUGGCUCCUUAG